AUGUCAGAUGCCGACUUCCUCACCUCCCCCUCCCCUUCUCCCACUCCCCUCUUCCACUGCGACUACAGUGACUGGUCUCCCUCCUUCUCCAUCAUCCCAUCCGUCUACCUCAUGGCCUUCCUGGUUGGUUGCCUCGGUAAUGGUCUGGUUCUUUGGGUCUACCUGGACCGAGCCGAGGGGAGGAGAAAGAGACAAAGCUACAGACCCUCCUCUCAUUCCUCUACCUCCUCCUAUCCUCCUUCUAUCCCACGUCCGUCUCGUUCACUGACAGACUCUCUUAUAGCUAGUUUAGCUUUGGCUGACCUCUGCUUCCUUGUAACUCUCCCUCUGUGGGCCGUCUACACAGCGAUGGGAUACCACUGGCCAUUUGGCCAACCCCUCUGCCAAAUCAGCAGCUUCCUCACUGCUCUCAACAUGUAUGCCAGUGUCUUCAGUCUGAGCAUGCUCAGUGUGGAGCGGUACUGGGUUCUGACUGGGCGCCGGCACUCCAGCCACCACAUGCCGCAGCGCUGCCCCAGCAGGGCUCUGUGGAUACUUGGAGGAGUGUGGGUGCUCGCAGGAGUCCUGGCACUUCCCGGUUUGCUGCUGCGCUCUGUCCGGGAGAUAGAGCUAGAACCUGAAUCUAAUGAAUCGGAUGAUUGGCAGUUGGAGCCAGAUCACCCUGAUGACCCUGGAUCUGUCUUCCUCUCCUGCCAGAUGGAUUACUCCAUGCUGAUUGGAGCAGAGCUGGAGGAGACAGACAGGGAGCGGGUUGAGAUGUGGUGGGAAGCUGCGUUGAGCUUGAAGUCAACUCUAAUUGGCUUCCUGCUUCCUCUUGUCAUUUUGCUAGUCUGCUACUGCUCAUUGGCUCAACUCCUCAGUAGGCAUUUUGGUCGGGGCCCUCGCCCUGACCGCAGGUGCCAGCGCAGACUCCUCAGGGUCAUUGUCACCUUAGUGAUGGCAUUCUUCCUGUGCUGGCUGCCCCUGCAUGUUAAUAAAACUGUGUCCCUGCUGCUGGAGUUUGGAUUUGUCCCGUACUCCUGUUCUUUAGAUCAGAUCUUACUAGCUGCUCACCCAUAUGUCACUUGUUUAGCUUACCUCAACUCCUGCCUCAACCCACUCCUCUACGCUGCCUGUGACCCUUCAUUUAGGAAGAGAUGCAGAGGAGCUCUACUUCUGUUUGAGGUGACCAUGUGA